CAGCGCUCUGGGAAAUGUAGGCGGUUCGCCACGCCUCCCGCCCGGGUGGGGAAAAGGCGUGUGGGUAACGCGGCCGCCUAGUCGUCUGGAUUCUCGUGCUCUGGAGAAGAUGGCAGCAGAGGAGGCUGCUGAGACCGGACUGUCCGCAGAGCAGCUGCAGGAGGCCGAAGAGGAGGCAGAGGACGGGAGCAACCCUGCAGGCGGUGGCGAGGCCACGGCGCUCAAUGGUGAAGUUGACUGUAAAGAAGUGAAAAGCAACAACCUGCCUGUGAAAGUUGCUGAAUCAGAAGUAGAAACCAAAGAAGAAGGAAUAGAGCAUGAAUCCAUAAGAGAAUCCGAUAGUAGCAUUUUGGAUGUUUCGUCUGAUUAUCCAAGAGGUUUGCUCAAAAACCAGAAACAUCUUUCCAUUCAAAGACAACUUGCUGAUCUAGAGAAACUAGCUGACCUGAAUGAAGGUGAGUUUACCUUGGCAGUAUCCCAGAACACAGAUCUUCACGUUACAGCUGAAAAGAAGCCUUGUCCCUUGUGUCCUGAAGAGAAAUUUAAAGCCUGCUAUGGCCAUAAACUCCAUCGUCACCUCCAGAAUUUGCACUGGAAAAUUUCUGUUGAAUUUGAAGGGUACAGAAUGUGCAUCUGCCACUUACCUUGUCGUAUAGCAAAGCCAAACUGCGUUGCAGAUCAGAUGUUUUCAAAGAUGGGAGCCCAUUACCACUGUAUUAUCUGCUCAGCAACUAUCACACGAAGAACUGAUAUGAUAGGACAUAUUAAUCGCCAUGUGAAUAAAGGGGAAACUGAAUCAAGGUUUAUUACAGCUCCUGCUCCCAAGUCCUCUCAUGAAGUGCUGAAAGAGUCAGACACAGACGUGCAGGUUCUUCCCAACUACUCUACACCUCAAAAAACAGAUUCCUAUUUUAAUCCCAAAAUGAAACUCAACAGGCAACUGAUAUUCUGUGCACUAGCUGUUUUAGCUGAGGAACGUAAACCAAUAGAAUGUUUGGAUGCAUUUGGUGCCACUGGUAUAAUGGGAUUACAGUGGGCAAAGCACCUCAGAAGUUCUGUCAAAGUUACAAUUAAUGAUUGUAAUGAAAAUUCUGUGACAAUGAUUCAGGAAAACUGCCAUUUAAACAAAAUGAAGGUGAAAGUAAACACUAAGGAAGAAGACAAUGAUGAAGCUAUAGGAGAUGGAGAAGAAAAUACUGACGCCAUUGAGGUGACAAAAAUGGAUGCCAAUGUUUUAAUGCAUUUGAGAUCAUUUGAUUUUAUACAUUUGGACCCAUUUGGAACUUCUGUGAAUUACCUGGAUUCUGCCUUCAGAAACGUGAGGAAUCUUGGAAUCGUGUCACUGACAUCCACAGACAUUAGUUCUCUGUAUGCAAAGGCUCAGCACGUUGCCCUGCGUCAUUAUGGAUGUAACAUUGUCCGAACAGAGUACUACAAGGAGCUGGCAGCCAGAACAGUCAUUGCUGCUGUGGCAAGAGCUGCAGCUCGCUGUAACAAAGGCAUUGAAGUCUUGCUUGCAGUAGCCCUAGAACACUUUGUUCUUGUAGUCGUCAGAGUUUUAAGGGGACCAUCUCCUGCAGAUGAUUCAGCAAAGAAAAUAAGGUAUCUUAUCCACUGCCAGUGGUGUGAAGAGAGAAUUUUUCAGAAAGAAGGCAAUAUGGUAGAAGAAAAUCCUUAUCAGCAGCUACCUUGUGAUUGUCAUGGCAGUAUGCCUGGGAGGACUGCGGUAGUUCUUGGUCCGCUCUGGUCAGGAGCCCUCUUUAAUACUGGAUUCCUCAGAAGAAUGCUGUUUGAAGCAGUCCAGUAUGGCUUAGAGGAAGCUCAGCCACUUUUGAAGACGGUAGUUUGUGAAGCUGAGUGUACAACUUCAAAGAAUUUUUCUACCCAUAGUCCUUACGAUGAGAACAAACAAGAAGAGUGUGGCGUAUAUAUUAAAACACCAGAUACGCUGGCAGAAUCCGAUGUGGUACCUGGAAAAAGAAAAAAUAAUGAAGUGAUGCGAAAUGCGACCAAGCGACAAAAAACUGACAACAGUGCUGAGCAUCCUGCAUUUUACUACAAUAUCCACAGACACAGUAUUAAAGGAAUGAACAUGCCCAAGUUAAAUAAGUUCUUGAACUAUCUCUCUGAAGCUGGAUACAGAGUCAGCAGAACCCACUUUGAUCCUAUGGGCGUUCGCACCAAUGCACCCUUGGCACAUUUUAAGACUGUUCUCAUGAAGUACAGCACUCCCACAUAUGCUGGGGGGCAGACAGAAGGCCCUCUCCAUGUGACAGAAGAUGUCCAGUUGGGAGACCAGCUUCAAGCUGCUGCAGACAGCAAGGCAAAAGACGAUGAGUUUCUGGGAGAGAAUAAAUCUGGAGACACAGCCACUAUGUUCGCAGAAGACUGUGCUACUCACUGUGCAGCUGAUUAGUCCAAAUCCUUUUGGGUUUAGAUCAGAAUUUUCAACUGUGCUCUGUUCAGGUACACCAGUACACUUUGCAGGCCUGGAGUCUGAUUGUUUGAAACCCCUGUGAUUUUAAUUGGAGAGGACAUUUUAGAAUUCUAGAACUUAACACUGAAUGCAGCAGUGUGCGUAGUCAAGAUGCUUUUCCUGUGGGAAAGUUUUUAGACAGUUGGUUCUUUGACACUCACAUCCAUGUCUACACUGAGCAUUGUAGCUAAGCGCCAAGUCUUGGUACAGCCUUAUUCAAGCUGCUAGAACAGAAUCCAGAAGAGUGCGUGGGGCCAAAAGUCUUAAGCGUUUCUGAACAUAAACUUAGUUUGAAUCAGACGAUCAUUCCUAAAACCUGGCCUGUUAGAAUUCAAAGGGAGAUCACAUUAAGGUGAUAAAAUACUGCAGGACAAAAUGUGAACUGAAGCAAGCUAGAAAGUGCUAACUUGGUGCACUUUCAACUCCACACUGCUCAUGUAAUUUGGCCUUCGGUUCCGUUUUUGUAGAUCUAGCUACAGGUAAAAUCCUAACACAAGUGAGAACAGAAAGGAACCUUUACAGAGCUGCGACAUAAACUUCAGUUCCUAACUACACAUUAGUGAUUUGUCUUUACUCAUUCUAGGUAGUUUGUUUGCUCUGAGAUUUAAUUUGGUUGUACGCUAAAGUGUCCAGACACCACAACCUGAAGUUCCAGAAAAAUUUUAUUAAUUAUACAGUUUGUUGUUAAAAGAUCUCUUCAAUGACUGAGCAAAGAUGCUAUGUGUUGGUAGUCCUUUUGGGUUUCUUUAAAUACAUGGCGACAUUCCAGCCAAACAAA